GUUAACGACUGUGUAGCAUAUCUUAUAAUGCGACUUUGCGUGGUGUUUGCGUCCUGUGGGGGAACACGCACGGCUUGCAAAAAUGUUACAGGGUCGUUAAAUUGAUUAGAACGUGAGCACCGGAGAUGAACUUUCUCCGUAAUGAUUGCGCCAGCCUCACUGAAUGAUUGACAGCAGGCUCGACCUGUUGCUCUUUGGACCUUUGUGGAUUUACUGCCUGGAGCUCCACUUGUUUCGUUUUUGUCAUAAAAAAGGCUGAAAAGUAGAUUUUUUUUUUCUCUUGGAGAAGAAUCAAAUUUGGACAUCAUGCGUCACGUUUUGUUAGAUGAACUUAUAUGAAAAUCUCCAAUUUGACUUUUCUUGUUUUAUUGACUAUAAAUAAGUAAUCUUGGUCAUUUAUAUUCAUGGCAUCUACAGUGAGGCACGCGCGGCUCCUCCUGCUGCUCCUGCUGCUGUACUGGCCUCUCGGUCUAACCUCAGGAGCCUCCAAAGACCUGGUGUGUGAGCCCAUAACUGUUCCCAUGUGCAGGGGCAUCGGCUACAACCUGACCUACAUGCCUAACCAGUUCAACCACGACACCCAGGAGGAGGUAGGCCUGGAGGUGCACCAGUUCUGGCCCCUAGUCCGGAUCCGCUGCUCCCCAGACCUGCUCUUCUUUCUGUGCAGCAUGUACACCCCGAUCUGCCUGCCGGACUACAGGAAGCCGCUGCCGCCGUGCCGCUCCGUGUGCGAACGGGCCAAGCGGGGAUGCUCCCCUCUGAUGAGCCAGUACGGAUUCGAGUGGCCGGAGAGGAUGAGCUGUGAACAGCUGCCCCAGCAGGGCGACGACGUCCUGUGCAUGGAACAGAACAGCAGCGAGACCACCACCCUGGCUCCACUGUUCCCCAAGCCGACUUCUAAAGGUCGGACCAGACCCCUGAGUUCUCCGCAGUGUGACAGGGAGUGCCACUGCCGAGAUCCCCUUGUUCCCAUCAAGAGGGAGUCCUACACUCUGUACGGCCAGGUACAGACCGGCCCGCUCCCCAAUUGCGCCCAGCCCUGCCACCAGCCCUACUUCUCAACCGAUGAACGCGCCUUCACCAGCUUCUGGAUUGGACUAUGGUCGGUGCUGUGCUUCGUCUCUACCCUGACCACCGUUGCCACCUUCCUCAUUGACAUGGAACGCUUCAAGUACCCCGAGAGACCCAUCAUCUUCCUGGCGACUUGCUACCUCUUUGUCUCUUUGGGGUACAUCAUCCGCCUGGUGGCCGGUCACGAGCGAGUGGCGUGUGGCGCCAGCAGCAGUGUUUCCAGCGACCAGCUGCACAUCCUCUACGACACCACCGGCCCCGCGCUCUGCACCCUCGUCUUCCUGUUGGUGUACUUCUUCGGCAUGGCCAGCUCCAUCUGGUGGGUGGUUCUGUCCUUCACCUGGUUCCUGGCGGCGGGGCUCAAGUGGGGCAGUGAGGCCAUCGCAGGAUACUCUCAGUACUUCCACCUCGCCGCCUGGCUCAUCCCAAGCAUCAAGACCAUCGUGGUCCUGGCCCUCAGCUCUGUCGACGGGGACUCUGUGGCCGGAAUCUGCUACGUGGGGAACCAGAGUUUGGAGAACCUGAGGGGAUUCGUACUCGCGCCUCUUGUGGUAUACCUCUUCACCGGCUCGCUUUUCCUACUGGCUGGAUUUGUUUCUCUCUUCCGCAUCAGGAGCAUCAUCAAGCAAGGUGGCACCAAGACGGACAAACUGGAGCGGCUGAUGAUCCGCAUCGGGCUUUUUACGGUUCUGUACACCGUCCCUGCAACCAUUGUGGUGGCCUGCUUGGUCUACGAGCAGCACUACCGGCCCGGUUGGGAGCGAGCCCUGGCCUGCAUGUGUCUGUCCGAGCGUCAGCGUUUGGGAAUAGGCCCGGACUACGCCGUGUUCAUGCUCAAGUACUUCAUGUGUUUAGUGGUGGGCAUCACCUCAGGGGUCUGGAUUUGGUCAGGAAAAACCCUGGAGUCCUGGAAGAUUUGUAGCUCGAUGCUGCCCCUGUUGGCCACAGAAAGCCACUGCACCCCCGUCCAUGUACAGUGAAGUCAGUACUGCUUUAACUGGACAUACUGGGACUGGGCUUUCAUCAGGGAUCUACCAUAAAGCUGCUCCAUCACAUAUAUGAACUGACUGGCACCAGGAAAUGUUGUAAAGUCUGUACAGUCGCCUCUCUGAACACUCAGUGAUGAACUUAAAUAUCAAAACAACAAGAGUGUGAGUAUGGACAAACAUCUGCAGGACAAUGUGCUCGUGUACUGCUCUGUGUUUUAAAGAAUGAUCAUGAGCAUAGGUAGAAAAAUGCACCAAAUAAUCCAGAGUCUAAAAAGGGAAAUUUUUAAAAACAACCUGGAUAAUAGGGAUUUAAAAUAAGAAGAAUAUUUAUAAAAGAGCCUGACUUUUUGGGGAAAUUGACUCCAAUUAUUGAAACAUCACACUGAAACAUAUUACCGAAAAAAAGAACAAUCUUCAAAACCUCAGAAUAACACGGAUCCAUAAAGGAAAUAUCUUUUAUCCUGAGCACUGAGAGAAAAAAAAAGACAUACUUAUUGAUGUAUAUAGUGUAUGAAUUUGCUGUAAAAAUUAAUAAAUUAGGUGUAAAGUACUUGUACUUUUCAGUUUCCAAACAACCAAUGUUACUGCCACAAGCUGGAGUAAGAAGCAAGAAGAACCAAUCUUGUGUGAUUGUAUAAACUUGUACAUAAAUGUGCCGUUUCAUGUCAGUGUUUUUGACUUUGAUAUCAGGUGACUGUUGUGUGAUCACAAAGUGAACAUUUGUCUUUGUUUAGGUUUUUUAGACGUCGAAGUGAAACAGAUUUAUUUUUUAUAACUGAUGAUAUUAUCUGUUGUCAGGCUGCAUCACAUUUAAAAACCACUAAAGUCUGUUUCAGAAGAGUGAAUUUGUUUGGUCCAUGUUGUUUGAACUAACAAGACUGAUCAGGUUAAAGCUGCAGGAAGAAAAAUGAGAGUGGCUUUGACCCCUCCUGCUGGUGAACAGUGGACCUGCUUACAGAUCAGUGUUCGACCGCAGACCUUCACCUGGACGACAUUUUGAUCCAAAAAUUGGAUGAAUUAGAAAAGCUGGUAAGAGGGAAAUCUUCCAUCAAAAAAAUCACAUCAUUAUUUUUUAAAAUAAUUUCAAUGUUGACAACUCGGUCCUCCCAGACACAACGUCAAAGGCCUUUAAAAAGGUCCCUGGACCUCACUUUGAGAACCUCUGCUUUAUGUUUCCAGUACCUUCAUACCAUGGGCCCUGAACAGGCAGAUGUUGAUAAAUAAUUUGUUAACAACAUGAUCAACAAUUUCCAUCUAUAACUAAGAACUGAGGCAACAUUAACUUCAAUUUUUGGAGAUGACACAAACCAUUUAUUUCAGCGCUGCUUUCAAACAUUAAAUGUCAGCUUUGGACAUUUGUCACAUUUCUUGACAAUCAACAAGCAUGAAUGGGCGUCUUGAAGGUCAUUUGAAAUCUUAGCAGCAGGGAUCUGUGGUCUACUCUUGAUCAUUCGGGCAGUUUAACAUGUAAACUUGACUGGACACUGACUUAAAGUACAAAAAGUCAAACUGUCUCAGAGUGAAUUUAAAAGACAUAAUGUGUUUAAAAUGUUUGAUAUGUUGUGAUAUGUAAAACAUUUUUAUUUUGCUCCGUCUCUGUGCUGUGAUGUUUUGAUUCAAUGUUGAUGUCUAGCUGUGUUUCUAAAGACUUCUGUGUCUGCAUGCUAGAUGAUACCUCUAAUUUAUUAGCCUGAUUUGAGUGAGUGACUGUGAUUGUGUGAGUGAUGCAGAAUGAAGUGUUGGUCAAAACUGGCAUUUUGGUGAUUUGUUUAUGUGUAACUCUGUUUUCAUAUUGAUAGAACUCCUCAAAGGAUAUUAAAGUAUUGUAGAGUUGGAUCCAUUUUGUGGAAUUAAAACUGACCUGAGCCUGA